GUGUCAAAUGGACAGUAUAGGUAGAAAAACUGUGCUGUGCAGUGUGUUAAUCUCUUUCCAUUCUCUCUUAUCAGCAGAGCUCAAAGCCCUCGAGGAAACGAUGAGCAUUGGUUUAUCGGUUAGGACAGGAAAGCCACGCUGUCUCGCCGGGUUUGUUCCAGGCCACUGACCCAAUAAGAAGCCUUCGUCACUUGCGGUUCUGGCUGCCUGACAGAUCAAACCUCCUUGUGUCACAGUGUAUUCGUUCCCUCUGGAGUCAAGGACAUAAUGUGACACAUCUUGAUCCCUGACUGACUGAUUGACUUACACCGAGGCCACCAUGCAGGAGUGCCAUACUGGACUUUGUCUGUCUGUCUACGUCAUUACCUUUGUGCUGGGCUUCCCAGCCAAUGUCCUCGCCUUCUAUACCUUCUGCAAGAAAGUGAGGCAGAAACCCACCCCGAUUGAUAUCCUGCUCCUCAACCUGACCAUCUCUGACCUCCUCUUCCUCCUCUUCCUGCCCUUCAAGAUGCAGGAAGUGAUAAACAACAUGCGCUGGGACUUGCCCUACGCCCUCUGCCCGCUGUCUGGCUUCAUCUUCUACAUGACCAUCUACAACAGCACCUUCUUCCUCACUGCGGUCAGCGUAGAGCGCUACCUGGGCGUCGCUUUCCCCAUCCAGCACAGCCUGAAGCGGCGACCUGUGUAUGCUGUUGCUGCAAGCAUCUUCUUCUGGAUUUUCUGCGUUAUCCACCUGAGCAUUGUGUUCAUCGUGCCCUUUAUCGGCACCAAGGACUCGCCGAAUACCACCUCAAGCCACAACGUCUCAGCUAGCUCUGCUGUUGGUGAUGCAAAGACGGAGGUGUGUUAUGCGGAUUUCACAGAGACUCAGCUGAAGGUCCUCCUGCCUGUGCGUCUGGAGCUCUGCGUGGUACUUUUCUGCAUCCCUUUCCUGAUAAGCAGUUUCUGCUACAUCAACUUCAUCAGGAUUCUGUCCAAGCUGCAGCACAUUGACCGGCGCCGGCGCCUCCGGGCCAUUGGCAUGGCUUUAGGAACACUGCUGGUGUUCGCUUUAUGUUUUGGCCCCUAUAACAUGUCGCACAUUGUCGGAUUUAUUACAUGGAAAAGUCCCGACUGGAGAGACAAAGCCCUGCUGUGCAGCACCUUUAAUGCUUGUCUUGACCCUCUUAUUUUCUACUUCUCUUCCUCUGCUGUGAGAAAGACUGUGGGUAGUGUGAUGGAAGGGGUUAAGAGUCGCCUAAACAGGUGCAUGUCCUGUCACAUGCUCUGGGCCUCGAGGGGUGGGAUUAGCAAAACUGCAAAAGAUAAGGAACACAAACAAGAGGAGAUCAAUGCUAUCUAAGCUGACUGAAAGGAAGCUGUGAGCAGCUGCCUUCCUAAAUUUGUUAUUUCUUUAUCCCUAGAAGCAGGAAAUUAAUGGCAUGUUUAUUUGUUUACACAUGAGCAAAUGACUUGACAUACUGCAUACAGUGCAGCACGUCUCUGUUUGACUCUCUGAUGAACUUUCUAUGAGACAAGAGAGGAAACCUUCAGUCCGUCUGGCCAGGUCACAGCCAUUUGUAUGCAGCGUAAUGAGAAUGGCACAGAGACAGGCUACUUUGAAUCGCCAUAAAAUGACACCAGGAUUUCAUAAGAUCUCCAUUAAUGCAGUCAGUGUUGUGGAGUGCUGCACCAUCAAAAUGAAUAUCGUAGCAACAGCUGCGGACAUCACCUCUAAGCACUAAGAGAAGAUCUUAAAGAAGACUCAAGUGUGCUGAAAGUGACAGGGCCUUGUACACCCUUACAAACACAUUCAUGCAGCUAAUAUACAGCUUACAGCUUUUUGUGCGAACUUAUAUUUGUGUAUUUUGUAUUUUGCCUCACAUGGCUUUUUCAUGCAGAUUUUAGUUUACAUGAUUUUAUAUUCAUACUAUUAUUUCAUUAUAUGGCCAUAUUUAAAUCAUAUGUGAUACUUAAGUAGCAUGUAUUUAUGAAUAUAUGUAUGAAUACAUGUCAGAUACAUUGAAGAGCUGCAUGACAGGGGUUGUAAUUAUGUAAAAUAAAACACAAAUACUAUUUUCAUAUGUAAAUCAUGUAAACAUGUAUAUUUUGCAUAAUGUAUGACUCAUAGAUUCUUUUGUAAAGGCAGCAGUCAGAUACUAGGUGGUUCAUAUGUGAGCAUAUAGAGAGAAGAAGAUUGAAAGUAAAGUAACAUCAUAAAGACAAACUACAGAUACCCUGUUUCCAUUAACAAAUCAUUGUAUAUUGUAUACCAAUAAUAAUAAUAUUAAUGAUUUGUUUUUUAAGGGUAAGUGAUGAAUGUGAACAUGUACUGUACAUGCAUGUAAACAUCUAAUGCAUUACACAAAUGUAGAUGUGAUCACCAUAUCAGUCAUAAUAUAUACCUUUUGAUAUAUACUAUAUACUGUAAGGACAUUCAUUAAAGCAGUUUAAAAUAAAAAAUAUUUUUUGAUUGUGAGCAACAGCAAGUUUAUUGAGUAGAAUAAAGCCUGUUUUCAACACCA